AUGUUUGCAUCAUAUUUCGAGGAAUUGGCUACUUUAGGAACUGUUGGUGAGAAAAAUAACACAGGAAGUGUCCAAAUAAGUACUACAGUAAUAGAAUCCAGCCCACAAAUUGAGGAUAUUAAUGAAUCCAUGAUAGAUGCAGAAAAUAAUGUCAAUGAUAAGAUAUGCAAUUAUCAAACUGCUAACGUUUAUAGAUCAAUAGAAUCAAAAAUAUUCGACUUAACUAAUUGGUCAAGUCGCGAAUUCUGA